AUGACUGACAAAAUAUCAUCUUACAGAUGCGUGGUGCCGGAGUGCGAGGCUGCUAACAGCACGGAGUACAAUCCCUCGUGGCUGGCAGGCGCUCUGCCGACUGGGGAACAAGAGAAACGAUGCUACAGCCGCGCGCCCCUGGACGAUCAGCUUCCGUGCCAAGAUGGUGCAUUCACCGAAGAGCUGCGCGCCUGUGAUCAUUGGCUCUAUGCUUCUAAUAAUACCAUUGUUGCCGAGUUCAAUCUGGCGUGCCAGGAGUGGAAGAGAACUCUGGUGGGAACGAUCCACAACAUUGGGAUGCUGGUCUCACUGCCCAUCCUAGGAUACAUUUCCGAUCGUUGGGGUCGCAAGCGGGCGCUGGUGCUGAGCUGCACUCUGGUUGGUGCCAUCGGUACCCUCAAAGCAUUCUCUGUGUCAUACGAAAUGUACAUCAUAGUGGAGUUCCUGGAGACGGUAGCUGGUGCCAGUGCCUUUCCAGCUGCUUACAUACUGACAAUCGAGCUGCUAGGACAAGACAAGCGAGUACUCACCACAGCAUGUUUGGGUAUUUUGUUGGUACUUGGCGGGCUGAGUUUUGCUUUGUUGGCCAAAACCUUCCAAUACUGGCGUACCUUCAUACUGGUCGUCUACCCACCAUCAUUACUCUUCGUUUUCUAUAUUUAUCUGCUGCCUGAGAGUAUCCGUUGGCUGAUAUCAAAGAAUAGGAAAAAGGAAGCAAUGGAAAUAAUCAUGAGAGCUGCAAAAAUGAACAAUGUAACUCUAUCAGAGGAGACAAUGAUGCACUUGAAGAUGGAAGAAAAGAUCAGAAUGACAGAGGAGAAGCAGGAUUUGGAAGAAGAAAAAGGCAUUUGGAUUCAAGUGCUACAUUCGCCUAUUAUUAUGAAACGCCUUGCAAUUUGCUCCUGGUGGUGGAUUACGUGCACUUUUGUCUACUACGGACUGGCAAUCAACUCGGUGUCGCUUGCUGGUGAUAAAUACACCAACUACAUGCUGGUGGUGAGCGUGGAGGUGAUUUCAGUAGUCACUAACGCGCUGGUGCUGGAUCGUUAUGGAAGAAAGAAGACGCUGCUGGUCGCGUACGUGACCUGCGGAAUUUCUUGCGCGGCUAUAACGUUUGUACCGAAAUCGAUACCAUGGUUGACAACACUGCUUUACUUAGUAGGCAAGAUUGCAAUCACACAGGCGUUCAGCGGCAUCUAUAUGUACACGUCGGAACUUUUCCCGACGCAUGCGCGCCACUCGCUGCUCGGAUUUUGCUCAAUGGUCGGCCGUAUCGGUUCCAUCAUCGCCCCACAGAUGCCGCUACUGGCGAUAUAUAUAGAUUGGCUACCGUCAGUGCUGUUCGGUUCGACAGCCCUAAUCGCCGGUGCGUUGAUGUUGACUACCCCAGAAACCCUCAACACACGGCUACCCGAUACAAUUAGCGAGGCUGAACACAUAGCAGCAGCACCCCGGAGUCCACCUUUCUCCAACGAAACGCACCACGAAGUCGCUACCUUAUAG